AUGUUGAUGCCCCGUUGCCGGCCACGUAGUUGGCCUGCUGCGUAUCGCGCCACGAAGCGGUCGCUGCACAGUAAUGCGCCUCGUGCCUCGAUUCGGUCGGCGUUGUGGCGUUCACGCUGGGUGCGCUACCCCGUCUACGGUGUAGGUGCGUUGACGUUCUCUGCCGUGACGACCAUCGGUGGCUUGCUGAUCUACGACUCGCUGACGUACCACGCGGUCGAUGUGCAUGAAUCGACGAUGGGCGAUCUGGCCACAUGCGAGGUAGGCGGGCCCGAGCAGCGUCCUAUUUUGCCACGCACACAGACCAACGAGAAGGGCCACCUCAAGGAGCGGUUGGUCAUUGUCGGCGGUGGGUGGGGCGCCGUCUCGCUGCUCAAUUCCCUGGACCGCAAUGCCUACGAAGUGACGCUUGUCAGUCCGAACAACUACUUCCUUUUCACGCCGCUGCUGCCGGCUGUGGCGGUAGGCACGGUCGGCGUGGGCUCCGUGACCGAAUCGCUGCGCCGCAUUCUCUCGCGCGUCCAGGGCCACUUUGUGCAGGGGGCAGCGCUCCGUGUGCAUGAAGCGCAGGACCUGGACCGCAAGACGCUCACGACGACGCAAGACGCAGCGGGCUUGCUGGAAGUCGAAGUGCUGUCGGACGGCUGGGACGGCUCGCUGGAUACGCCGCAUGAGCCGAAGGAGAGUGCGCGGAUUUACGUACCGUACGACAAGCUGGUCAUUGCCGUGGGCAGUGUGACCAACACACGCGGUGUCAGUGGCCUGGAGCAUGCGCACCGCCUCAAGACGGUGCACGAUGCCGUGGGUCUGCGCAAGCAUCUGCUGGAGAACUUUGAGAUGGCCUCGCUGCCUACGACGCCUGCAGAAGAGCGUCAGCGUCUGCUCUCGGUGGUCGUAUGUGGUGGUGGCCCAACGGGUGUUGAAGUCGCGGCGGAGGUCUUUGAUUUGAUCCACGAAGACAUCCGCAAGUACUUCCCGCCCAGCUUGCAAAAGCUCGCGUCCGUUCACCUGCUGCAGAAUGGCGAGCACAUUCUGAACACGUACUCGGAAGCCAUCUCGGAGUUUGCCGAGCGCCGAUUCCAGAAAGAGCACCUGGACGUGGUCACCAAUGCAAGUGUCGAGGAGAUUUCGUCAGGCAGCGUGUCAUACACGCUGCACAAUCCACUGACCGGCGAGCAUGAGAAGCGCAUUGUGCCUGCCGGAUGCACGAUCUGGACCGUGGGCAUUACUAUGUCGGACUUUACACGCGGCCUCGCCACGACCUUGCCGAAGCAGGGCCAUCGUCACGCGCUCAAAGUCGAUGCACACUUGCGCGUCCUCGGCACGAAGCCAGGCACGAUGUAUGCGCUGGGAGAUGCGUCGACGAUUGACAGCGAUAUGCAGAGCUACAUUGACGAGCACUUCUCGCGCUUUGAUAAGGACAACGACAAUGCCCUCUCGCUCGAUGAGUUUGCACAGCUCAUGCAAGUGCUGCGCCGCAAGUUCCCCAUCGCGAAGAAGCAGCUGCGCGACUUGGCCAAGCUCUUCUCGCAGUACGACGUGAACCACGACUUGCACUUGGACCGCGACGAGCUCGUGCCGCUGAUUAUGGACGCGACCAAACACAUGACAUCCUGCCCUCCCACCGCGCAAGUGGCGGCGCAGGAAGGCAAAUACCUGGCUCGCAAGUUGAACAAGUACGCAUCGCUGCAGCGUGCCUCCAAGCUUCCGAACGACCCUAUGGAGAUUGACGAGGACAUUUCGCAGCCGUUUGUCUUCCACAGCCUCGGCAACAUUGCAUACCUCGGCAACGCGGCCGCGUUUGACUUGCCCAUCCCCGGGCCUUUCAAGACGUUCUUUGGCGGCCUCACAGCCAUGUAUGCAUGGCGCAGUGUGUACCUCUCCGAGCUCGUCUCACUGCGUACACGUAUGCUCGUGCUCGGCGACUUUAUCAAGCGCACGCUUUGGGGCCGCGACGUGUCAUGGCAGUAA